UUCCCCACAGUGAGUGAGUGAGUGUCGGAUCUCCCAGCGGAUAGACGCGCUCCCCGGGCUGCAGACUGCGGAUCCUCUGCUCCUCUGGAAGACCUGCAGCCUGAAAGAAAGACAGACAGAAAGAAAGAAAGAAAGAAAGAAAGAAAGAAAGAAAAAGAAAAGGCUGGAGCAUGGAGUGGACUCAGUGUAAAGGUUGGUGAGGACGCACACAGCUGUCCAGCACUCUCCGGGGUCGCUCUUUUGUUUGCAGUGGAGACCCACAUUUUCUUUCACCCCAAAAAUUAAUAAACCAGCAGAUAUCCCGAAAAUGGAUCCUUUACAAAAUGGGCAUAAUUGUGAGGAGGACUCGCAGUGUGCCGAUGAGGAAGAAGAAGAGGAACAAGUGGAUCCAAGAAUCCAGGGAGAACUGGAGAAGUUGAACCAGUCCACAGAUGACAUUAACCGCUGGGAGAGCGAGCUGGAGGACUACCGUCAGCGGUUUCGCGCCGUGCUGGUGGAGGCGACAUUGAAGCUGGACGAGCAGGCGAAGAGGGUCGGACGACCUGUGGACGAAUCCAAACCGUACUGGGAAGCCCGCAAAUUAGCAAGACAGGCCCAGCUUGAAGCCCAAAAGGCCACUCAAGAGUUCCAGCGUGCGGUUGAGAUCCUGCGGGCGGCCAAGGAGACCAUCGCCCUGGCCGAGGAGAGGCUGCUGGAGGAGGACAGCCGCCAGUUUGACUCCGCCUGGCAGGAAAUGCUCAACCACGCCACACAGAGGGUGAUGGAGGCCGAGCAGACGAGAACACGCAGUGAAGCCGAACACAGGAAAACAGCGGCCAAUUACAACUCUUGUAUCAGCCACAUGAGGCAGUUGGAGAAGAAACUCAAACGCUCCAUCCACAAAUCCAGGCCGUAUUUUGAACUGAAAGCCAAGUGUUAUCUACAGCUUGAGCAACUCAAGCGCCAUGUGGAAGAGCGUCAGGCCAAACUUGUGGCUGCCAAGGCCGACUACCGCACAGCACUACGCAACCUAGAGAGCAUCUCCGAAGAGAUCCAUGCCCAGCGACGCUCCCUCGCCAUGGGAACCAGGGAGCAGGGUGUCGGAGCGGAGGGAGACGGGCCCAACGAGGACAUCACCAACUUCACGAUGGAGUCCGACGGUCUGUCGAUGGUGUCCGUAUCAAUUGAAGAGGAGGGCUGUCACAGUAGCAGCUCAGAGGAGGAGACCGACACUCACUCCACCUCCUCCGCCCAAACCAUUCCCUCCUCAUCCUCCUCCCAGCCUUCCACCUCUGCCUCCACCCUGGACAUGCCCCGCCCUUUCCCCUCCCCCUCCCCCUCCUCCUCCACCCCCUGCUCGUGCCUCUCCUCCUCUCCCUCCGUCCUCUCUUCCUCCUCCUGCCCCGGUGAAGAGGAGUUAGCGAGCCCCUGUAGCCCUCAUGACCCAGACCCAGUGUGGGGUUCCCAGCAUGCCUCACCUCUCCUGGGCCCUCGCAGCCAGUGCAGUGGAGCUUCUUCUCCAGACUGCGACCAGGAGAGAGGUGACAGAGCAGAGGGAGCGGAGGCGACGCUAGAAGCCGGUUUGAACAAGUUGACCUUGACUGUAGCUCAAAAACAAGAAGAGGACUCCGGGGACGAACAAGACCCACAUCUCAUUAACCCUGAAAUACCCUCUCCCAGCUCAGCCACAAACAUUCUGUUACUCAACAGUGUCUAAGGAACUUCUGUCUGGACUCUGUGGCAGAAGAGAGGAACCUACACACCCCAAGCUCAAAGCACCCUGACAUCGUGUCUUCAUAUUGUCUUAACAUCCGAUGGCGUCAUAUUAGAAGGUGCUAUAAGUAGUGUUUUUGAACAUCAGUACAUCAUUUUCAAGUAAAUUGUGAACCUGUUGUGUCAACAAAAAAGAGCAGGGACAGGAGGGGUCGGUCUGUGUUGGUAUCAUUAGUGCUAGCAUUAUUCAAAAAGAUGCAUUUCUCAUAAAUACCCAUGCUUUCUGCUGCAAAGAGAGACUUUGUUGCCAUGAAACUGAUUUCAGUAGCUCCAUUUCUGUUUUGUACAGCAGUAUGGGAAAUUGUCUUUCCUUUGGCAUAUUGUAGAGGCUGUCAAAUUUCUCAAAUAAUGUUGUAACAUGUCUACAGCUUUAAAGUAAUGUGUCAAACAUGUAUUGAUGUAAAUAUAAUACAGUUGGCACCACUAAGAUGUCAACAGGGAGCCUCUUUUUUUGGAUCUGUAUCUGCACAUGAGGAUCAAAAUGGGACAAAACAAGAUGCCGAAUCUUGGUUCAUUGCUUGAUCUGCCUGGAUUAUUGAGCUCCUCUUUUAGCUCCUAAAUGUAAAGUUGAAAUGUAAGAUGCCGACUGUUUAGGCGGAGUAAUUGUCAAGGAGGAACGCGGAGUGCAAGCAGCACUCUGAGCACUAAACAAAAGAAGAAACUCUUCAGACGGGACUGGAAACAAGUGGUCUUCCAUUUGGAUUUGUGAAUGAGUGAGUGAAUGUUUUAACUGCAGAUCACCAUCUGAGGUGGUGGUGAUUGAGCACAUUAUGUGAGUGUGUCUUGUGAUUUUGAGUAAUGAUCAAAUACUACCCUGUAGAACAGAUAAUCUAUAUUUAUACUCCUGUAUUCUUGUAUUUGAACAGUGGUUUGUGGUUACUAUUGUUAUUGUUUAACACAAAAUAAGCA